AUAUAUAUUAAGCGAAGGCACCCCCAGCUUUCACCACUGGUUGGGGAGGGGGCGGACUCAGUCCUACCCGUAUUUCAGAAGAAAUGGGCACCCAGAGGCUCCCCCGAACCUCCACCCCCAGUGGCUCUUCUUUGGGAUAGGGCACCCCAGACUUCCUGUGGGGGGCUGUUCUCUCGGGCCCCCUUUGUGCCUGGCAGGGACAGCCCCCCAUUUCCAUGCGAGGUUCUGACGCUCCCUUCUCCCCCGCUUGUUAAUCUUUGUUCCCCUUUUCUGCCGAGAGGAGGGGAAAAAAAAAGAGGGAGAGGGAGAAAGAAAAGAAGGAAAAAGGCGUGACUCGAUUUUCAAACGAAACUCCCACAGCAAACAAAACCCUUUUAGAGAAAUAAGAAAGGAGGAAGGAGGAAGAAAAGAGGGAAGGGGAAGAAGAAAAAAAAAAAAAGAGAAGCCUCCAGGCUUGCAAUUCGAGUAAGAGAGUUGCACCAAGAGAAAGAGAAAGAAAAGAAGAAAAAUCCUCUCUGCGGUAGAAAGAGAAAAAGAAAACUUGGGCCGACAAGAGGGGGGUGCUGGGGGGGUGGAAGGAAGUGAGAAAACAAAAGAGAGAUAAAAGGGCUGCUUUUCUGUCUCUCUUCCUCUGCGAGCUGGCUUAGGAGGAGCUGUUUAGCAUCCCUUCACGUCAGCCCUGCCUCAUUCCCUUCUUCCAGGGAGGGAGAGAGCGCGAGCGAGAGAGCGAGCGAGCGAGCGCGAGAGAGAGCAGGAGGGAGAGAGAGAGAGAGAGAGAGAAAGAGAGGAACCGGAGGGAGGGUGGCAGAGCAGGGCGGGCGCGCGUGGAGGCGGCGCGCAGCAGCAACCCCGGCGGUGGGCAGCAGGAGCCCCCGGCCCGCCCGGCCCCGGCCAGCCGAGGGCCCCCAGCGCGAGGAGCCGCGCCCGGACCCAGGAAAUGCCCUCGUAGCCAGACGCCACGGGAUGGAAGGUUUCAUGGACUCAGGGACACAGACGGACGCUGUGGUGGUGCUGUCCUUGGCCCAGGCUGCCGUGCUGGGCCUGGUCUCAGAAAAUGAGCUCUUCGGAGCCACCAUAAGUGCUGAGGCCUUCUACCCAGACCUAGGGCCAGAACUGUCUGGGACAGCCAUGGGGGAGCCGGGACCGGCAGGCCCCGACAUCUAUCAGCUGGCCUGUAAUGGGCGGGCCCUGGAGGAGCCACCGGAAGAGGAAGUGCUGGAGGUAGAGGCGGCCUUUGAGAAGCACACCCGGAGGAAGACGCGGCCCCCGGUACGGCUGGUGCCCAAGGUCAAGUUUGAGAAGGCGGAAGAGGAAGAGGAGCAGGAGGUGUACGAGGUGUCUGUACCUGGCGACGACAAGGACCCAGGCCCUGCAGAGGGCCCUGCCGAGGAGGUGGCCAGCGGCGGCUGCGAGGCCCUGGUGCAGAGCAGCGCCGUCAAGAUGAUCGACCUCAGCGCCUUCAGCCGCAAACCCCGGACGCUCCGGCACCUUCCUCGAACUCCAAGGCCAGAGCUGGACAUGGUCCCGUUCGAUCCUCCGUUCCCGGACCCAGCCCGGGACGGCUUCCCCGAGCCCAGCAUGGCACUACCUGGACCAGAAACUUUGCCCACUGAAUGUGGUUUCGAGCCGCCCCACCUGGCACCCCUGGGCAACCCCGAGCCUCCCAGCAUGACAUCGCCAGAACUCGUCAAACCGGAACAGGGCUUCGUGUGGCAGGAGUCCAGCGAGUUCGAGGCCGACGCGGCAGGUUCCACAGUGGAGCGCCACAAGAAGGCCCAGCUGGACCGGCUGGACAUCAACGUGCAGAUCGACGACUCCUACCUGGUGGAGGCGGGCGACCGCCAGAAGCGCUGGCAGUGUCGCAUGUGCGAGAAGUCCUACACGUCCAAGUACAACCUGGUGACGCACAUCCUGGGCCACAACGGCAUCAAGCCCCACUCCUGCCCGCACUGCAGCAAGCUCUUCAAGCAGCCCAGCCACCUGCAGACGCACCUGCUCACGCACCAGGGCACGCGGCCCCACAAGUGCCAGGUCUGCCACAAGGCCUUCACGCAGACCAGCCACCUCAAACGCCACAUGCUGCUGCACUCGGAGGUCAAACCCUACAGCUGUCACUUCUGCGGCCGCGGCUUCGCCUACCCCAGCGAGCUGAAGGCCCACGAGGUGAAGCACGAGAGCGGCCGCUGCCACGUCUGCGUCGAGUGCGGCCUAGACUUCUCCACCCUGACCCAGCUCAAGCGCCACCUGGCCUCCCACCAGGGCCCCACCCUCUACCAGUGCCUCGAGUGUGACAAGUCCUUCCACUACCGCAGCCAGCUGCAGAACCACAUGCUCAAGCACCAGAACGUGCGGCCCUUCGUCUGCACCGAAUGCGGCAUGGAGUUCAGCCAGAUCCACCACCUCAAGCAGCACUCCCUCACCCACAAGGGUGUGAAGGAGUUCAAGUGUGAGGUGUGUGGCCGGGAGUUCACCCUGCAGGCCAACAUGAAGCGCCACAUGCUGAUCCACACCAGCGUCCGGCCCUACCAGUGCCACAUCUGCUUCAAGACCUUCGUGCAGAAGCAGACCCUCAAGACCCACAUGAUCGUGCACUCGCCUGUGAAGCCCUUCAAGUGCAAGGUGUGCGGGAAGUCCUUCAACCGCAUGUACAACCUGCUGGGCCACAUGCACCUGCACGCGGGCAGCAAGCCGUUCAAGUGCCCCUACUGCUCCAGCAAGUUCAACCUCAAGGGGAACCUGAGCCGGCACAUGAAGGUCAAGCACGGCGUCAUGGACAUCAGCCUGGACAGCCAAGACCCCAUGAUGGAGCUGGCAGGCCCCGACCCCUCUGAACUUGACAGCCAACAGGAAAUGGAAGACUUCGAGGAAAACGCCUACACCUACAGCAGUGUGGACAGCAGCGCGGAGGCCAGCACCCUCACUGAGCAGGCCAUGAAAGAGAUGGCCUACUACAAUGUGCUAUAGCAGGCCAGCUGAGUGGGCGGGGAGGGCACAGGGUGAGACCCACAUACUGAGGGCAGCGCCUCUGCAGCCCAGAACCAAGCUACUGUCCACUGCCCAGCCCUCCCUCCCCACCCACCCUCAGUCAUUUGCACCACUAGGGACCUUUAGACCAAAUGGAGACUGUACUACUGUCCUCGCAGGGAGCUGGGCACAGGCCUAGGCAUCCCAGUGAGGGAAAAGGUAACCAGGAGGUCCACAUCUGGUUCUCCUUGGCCUGCUGCUGUGGGCGGGUAGGGAAAAUGCUAGUGAGGCCUCUUACAGGCACAGGGGCACACACUUAGGUCUUUUCCAAGCCACCUCAGGCCCAGAGAGGCUCUUCUGGAAGAGAACGCUUGAGCCAGGUCUUGUCUCUCUUCCGCACCAACUCUGGCCUUUAAGAACAUCUGUGCUCCUGCACAGGUCGGCACUGCCCACCCCCACCCUGCUCAGACCCAAGAACCUCUUCCCUUCCCCUGUCACUCAAGAGCCAGGCAGGGCACUCUGCCUUCUACCUCCUGGGACCCCCUUGCUCCAUCCAGGCAUGCAUGCGGCCCUGGCCCUGCCUGAGGGAGAGCUGGGGAGCCCAGCCUGCAGAGCACCCUCCCAGCCAGCCUGCAGAGCACCCUAGCCCUGUGUUUGAAAGAAUGUCCCUAAUGUGCAUUUCCAACAAAUCUCAUCCAGUUUCGUCCCAAGCUAAGGUACCAGCCACAGCACCCUCACCAAACAAAAUCAGGGUAAUGGAGUAGGGAAGGGCGACAUAUCUCUGGGACCAAGAGAGGCUGUCCCCAGGGGAAGCCAAGGAAGACCACCCGUGGGAAGAGGGGAACUAGAACGUUCACUUUAUUAUUGUUGUUGUUGUUUGAGUGAGCAGGUGCGUGAGGAGUGGGCGAGCUGACGUUCAGGAAGAGCAACAUAUUUAAAAUGAAACUUGAAGACCAGAGAUGAGGGGGGAGGAUCUGCUUUGAUCAAGUGAGGGUAUUUUGAAGGUGAUUUGUUUUCCUUUCCAACUCUCUUGUCUAUCAUCUUUGAUGGAGAGGUGGGUGGUUUUUGUUUGUGCCUAAGUUUUCUUGUGUGCUUCCUGCUUCCCUUACCUAACACAAGCAAGCCUGAUGGGACUUGGGCCCAGAAGGGACUACUGCCCUGGCCCAGGAGGUGUGUCACUAGCAGGGAGCCUCAGGAGAGAAGGGGAGGCGGAGAGCCUUCCUGGCCCUCUCCAGCCAGUGGCUGUGUGUCAUCCAUGAGGCCAGCUGCUUCACCUGUCUGCUCUCUCCCCCAACCCAUCCUCCACAUAGUGACUAGCACACUCAGGUGCUCCAGAGCACCCAGACCCCUGCCCACAAACCCCAAGCCUCCAAGGGGAAGAGCAGGCAGGGCUAACCCUGAAAAGGCACAGAUGAAGCCACCAGCUUUGGCUGAGAAACCAAGAGGGGGAACCAGCUUGGGUAGAGGGUGCUGAUUUGAAGCCCAACUGCCCCCAAGCCUGCGUCCAUAAAGGAAACACCAAGCUAGGCCUCAGGGCGACUGCUCAAGACACAGCGGCCCAAGUGUGGUUUCUCAAGGCUCCCGGCCUCCCAGGUGCCCAUCGCAAUGACCCUCAGGUGGCAGUGAUUAGGCGUCACUGUACGAAGACAUUCAUUUCCUGCUGAGCAGAAGGCGUCACCCCUGCAAACUACCUCUUUCCACAAUGACUUUCUCCCCUGGUACCAAAAAAGCAGCCUGCACCUCCUCCUCCCUCCUCUCCUGCCAACGCAGUAGCCUUGGUCUUGGAAACAGAAGGGAGAGUCUGGCUGGGGUGGGGUCUCUCAUCGUCUCCUAGCCUGCCGUUGGCACAACCCUCUGAGGGGGUACCACCACACUCAAAAAAACAAAAACCCUGCCCUGUGCCUGGGUAGUGCGGAGAGGAAGGCACAGUGGGAGCUGGGGGUGGUCCUGGCAAGGCUCCGGCCGCACCCCACCCAGCCUCCCGAAGGGUGGCUCAGAAGCCCUGGCCGAAUUCCACUCUAACUUAUUUUGACUUGUAUACAAACCAACUGUUUAGCCAGUCCACUUGUGCAGAGCUCUACUGUGUUCUUAUGUUCCUGUUUAAAAGAGAAGUUUACUUAGCAAUAAUUAUAAAUAAAUGGAUAUUCUUUAGUGA